AAUUCAACUAUUGUAAACUAAUCCUUGCAUUAGUUUGAAUUUUAAAUUGUAUACUUAUUGUAAAAGUAUUUAAACCACUUGAUAUAUAAAUAUUUUAAUAGAAUAAACGAAGAUUAUUGAUGUAUGGUUAAAGUAUUAAUUUAAAACAUGUAAUAGGAUUGAUAAGUAUGUCCGACAAAGAAGAACAAGUAGAUGUGAAUGAAGAGUUUACAAACUUAUUAUUUGCUGAAGAAAAUGCUCAACAUAUAGGUUAUACAGAAGGUUAUGAGAUUGGCAAGAAACAAUUAACAGAUGGGUUUCAUCUUGGAUAUCAUAGAGCUAGUUUAUUAGCUGCACAAUUGGGAUAUUACAGUGGUAUCUUGGAACAAUACUUGAACACUAAUAAAUGUAACUCAGAGAAAAGUGUUCAAAUUGCACAGGAACUUUUACAAGAUAUUUAUAAUUUUCCCAAAUUUAAUGACAAGGCUACAGAUAUAUCAAAAACCAUUGAUAAUAUUAAAUUUAAGUAUGCAAAGUUUUGUUCAUUAGCAAAAAUAUGUUCAUUAUAUCCAGAAGGAGAUAAGCUUGAUUUUUAGUAAAAUAAAAAUCGCAUAUUUAAACAAA